AUGGAGACCCUUCGUUGUUGUCGGCGGGUUAGGUUGUGGAUCGACUAUGCUGGCGAUGGUGGUGAAGAUGAUGAAGGAGGAAGAAGAGCAAGUGAUACUAACACUGCAUAUUUUCAUGCAUGUUCGAGGCAACGGUCGAUUAAUAAUCGUUUAAAAGGAAUAGAAGAUGAGAAUGGUAUAUGGACCUCUGAUCCACAACAAAUGCAGAAAGUAAUUGAAAAUUAUUUUAUAUCCAUUUUUUCAUCUUGUUCUCCAUCACAAUUCCAUACAGUAACAAAUGGUCUUCGUUGUCGGGUGACUUCUACUAUGAAUUCUGUUCUCAUAUCAAAUGUGACAGAUUUGGAAAUUAAGAAAGCGGUUUUUGAUAUCAACCCGACAGGUUCACCAGGAGAUGAUGGUAUGACUGCACAAUUUUUUCAGACAUAUUGGGAUUUAAUUAAGAAGGAUAUAAUAUUAAAUGUCCGUGACUUCUUCAGGUCUGGAAAACUUUUGGGCAAUUUUAACCAGACACGUAUUGUUUUAAUUCCAAAAAUUCAAAACGUGCGUACUGUUAAAGACUUAAGGCCAAUAAGCUUGUGUACGGUCUUUUAUAAAAUUAUCUCAAAAGUGAUGACUUCAAGGCUUCAACAAGUUAUGCCACAUAUUAUCAGUUCGGCACAAAGUGCCUUUAUUCAAGAACGUCUCAUUUCUGAUAAUAUUUUGAUAGCUCAUGAAUUGAUCCACUACAUGAAGAACAAGAGAUCAGGAGAUAAACAAUUCAUGGCUAUUAAACUUGAUUUAAGUAAAGCAUAUGAUCGGGUUGAAUGGAUGUUUUUGGAACAUAUGAUGACUGUUCUGGGUUUCCACCCACUUUGGAUCUCUUGGAUUAUGGAGUGUGUGUCAACUGUUACCUAUACAGUUAUGGUAAAUGGAGAGCCUACCCAUGUUAUUAACCCUACCCGUGGUAUUAGGCAGGGUGAUCCAUUGUCUCCUUUCUUAUUCUUAAUUGUUGCAGAAGGCUUCUCCUACCUUUUAGACAAAGAAAAUGAACAUCAGAGUCUAUUGGGCAUCAAAAUUGGGAGAUAUUGUCCUACAGUUACUCAUCUUUUGUUUGCAGAUGAUUCAAUUCUCUUUUCACAAGCAACGGUGGAUGAAUGUGAUAAGAUCCUCACUUUGCUAGAAUGUUAUUGUCAUGCCAGUGGACAACAGAUAAAUUUGGAUAAAUCUUGUGUCAUGUUCAGUAUAAAUACACCUCAGUGGCUACGACCUUACCUAGCUCAAAUAUUGGGAAUUUCCAACAUAGGAGCACAAGACCGAUACCUUGGCCUUCCAGCUGUGAUAAAUAGGUCGAAAACAGAAACGUUUGCUGAAAUUAAAUUAAGAGUUUCAUCACGUCUUUUUGGCUGGAAAGAAAAAUUCCUAUCCCCGGGUGGUAAGGAAGUUUUAAUCAAAUCAGUUAUACAAUCCCUUCCGGUAUUUCUUAUGUCGUGUUUUAAGCUUCCUAAGAGUUUAUGUGACGAGUUGAACGGCAUGAUGGCACGCUUUUGGUGGAACCAACAUCAUUCUGAAUCUGGCAUUCAUUGGGUUAGUUGGCGUAAUUUAUGUGCUUCUAAACAAGAUGGAGGAUUAGGUUUUCGUGAUAUGGAAUCAUUUAAUUUAGCUCUUUUGGCUAAACAAGGAUGGCGGUUGAGUCAACCUUCUGAUGGGUUAUUUUAUAAGAUUUUUAAGGGGAAGUAUUUUCCACAUUGUUCCUUUUUGGAAGCCCGUAAACCGUAUAAGUCUAGUUGGGCAUGGCAAGGUUUUCUUAAAGGAAGAGAGGUGUUACUUAGAGGUAUACGUUGGCAAGUCGGAAAUGGUUCUAUGAUCAACUGUUUGAAGGAUCCAUGGCUCCCAACUACUUUUCCAUUCAUGGCUAAUCCCAGGUCAGAUGUCUUGUUUAAUAUUUCUCAAGUAAGUGAGCUUAUACUACCCAAUCCGCCCCAUUGGAAUUUUACCUUACUCUCCCAAUUAUUUCAAGACUCUGAUGUUCAAGUUAUUAUGUCUCUUCCUUUGAGUAUUGACCCAUCUCUGAAUGAUAAAUUAAUAUGGUCCUUUACUAAAAAUGGUCGUUAUUCGGUCAAAUCAGGGUACCAUAUAGCCUCUCAACUAUUGUUAUCUACUAGUGUGAAUGGUCAUAGUUCUACCACUAAUCUCUCGUCUAUUGCUGAAAAUUUUUGGUCCCGUGUUUGGGGUCUUAAAGUCCCCCCGAAAAUUCGCAUCUUUAUAUGGAAAUUAUUGUUAAACAGAAUUCCAGUGGGUAUGAAUCUUCAAGUUCGAUGUCCUUCAAUUCCCUCGACUUGUCGUAUCUGUGGUCUAUUUGAAGAAUCAGUUGAACAUCUUUUUUAUUCAUGUUUUUUGGCAAAAAGUAUAUGGUUCCAUUCUGAGUUAAUGUUGCGUUCAGAUUGCUUUGGUCAAAUUCCAUUUAAUGUCUGGUGGGUAAAAGUUUUUGACGGUCUUACCACUCCUUUUCAACGUAAUUUGAUGGCAGUAAUUUGUUGGAGAAUCUGGAUUGCAAGAAAUGAUAAGUGUUUUAACAAUUCCGAAUGGACAGUCUCAGAAGUGAAUUCCAGAGCAUUGGCACAAUUACAUGAAUUUUCAUCUGCUCAUGUGCUGAAUAAUCAAGGUUCGGCUAUAGUUAACGGAUCAACUCGACAGGUUCAGCGGUGGAGGCCUCCACCGCCGGGAAUGAUCAAAAUAAAUUUUGAUGCGGCCUUAAGUAUUAGUAACCGUAUUGCAGCUGUUGGUUUGGUUUGUUCAAAUUCUUCAGGGUACAUCACUUAUUCUUGCUCUCAUCGUUUUCCAGGAAUAGUAUCUCCUGAAAUUGCGGAGGCACUGGGGAUGCGGCAUGCCAUUAUGAUUGCUUCUGAACUUGGUCUAAGGAAUAUUAUUAUUGAAGGUGAUUGCUUAAAUGUGAUCUCUGCAGCUCAAGGCAAGAAGGAUAUUCCGUCAACAAUAGAAGUCAUAAUCUUUGAUACCGUUCGCUUAUCAUCGUCGUUCAUAUCUUGCGACUUUGCUUAUGUUAAGCGAAUGUGUAAUUGGAUGGCCCAUGAAUCUCGCCGGCGCUCCACUUCCACUGUCGCUGCUCUAAUCCUGCUGCUCGUAUCCCUCCGCUCCUCAUUUCCCUCCGCUGCUUCAGUCUCGCCGGCGCUCUACUUCCAUCGCCGCUUCUCUAAUCCUGCUGCUCGUGUCCCUCCACUUCUUCAGUCUCGCCGGCGCCCCACUUACACCGCCGCUGCUCUUUCUCAGGUAAGGAAGUGCCUAUAUGUUGAUUCUUUUACUCAGAUUUCCUUAUCUUGUUGGUUUGUGACUGAUGGAGAAAUUUUAUUGAAAAUUGGCUUUGGAAUCUUUGUUUCUCAAGCUGUUAUCUCUUUGUUCACUUUUAUCAUAAUUGAUGUUAUUUGUAUGCAUAGUGUCGUUGUAUGCAUAAUGUGUGAAGCAAAUAGAACGACAGGUUACAGAGGGGAACUGACCAAGAACUGGCCUCCCUCUACUGGAGCCAAUUUCAAUAUAAAGAGCAGUAAAAGUGAAGCAGCUGCUGACAAAGUUCUUGGUAUUGAAAGUGAUAGUCUUGCUGCAUUCGCGGAUAAUCAUAGUGUUCUUGGUAUUGAAAGUGAUAGUCUUGCUGCAUUCGCGGAUAAUCAUAGUGUUUGA